AUGUCGCCCUCUGCCCAAGUCGUCAACGCCAACCCCAGUCCCUAUCUUGGGGAUAAGGUGGGCGACCUCGCCAACACCCCCGGAACGGUUCCUAAGGCGAGCCGUGUCGAUCCGGCUCGUUUCCUCAGUCAGAGCUCGCACGAUCGUCCUGCUUCUGCGAUCCGAUCCCUUUUCCCUGCCGAGCUGAUCCCCGGCAUGCUCUCGCUCCUCGCUGGCAAGCCCAACCCGGACACCUUCCCCUUCGACAGCAUCACCCUCAACGUCAAGGCCGACGCCGAGGCUGGACCCACGCAGCUCAACAUUACGGGCGACGACCUGUCCACUGCGCUCCAGUACGGUUCCACUUCGGGGAUCCCCAAGCUCGUCCAGUGGAUCACCGAGCUGCAGAUUCACAUGCACAAGCGCGAGGCCGUGACGGCCACGUCCAAGCUCAACGGCGUCGCUGGUCGAACGCCUUGGCGCGUCACCACGGGCAACGGAUCGCAGGAUCUGCUCAACAAGACGUUCGACGCGCUGCUCAACCCUGGCGAUGUCAUCUUGGUCGAGUCGCCCGUCUACACCGGUAUCUUGCCUUCGCUGGUCAUGCUUAAGGCGCGCAUCAUCCCCGUCGCCAGCGACGAGCAGGGCAUGAUGGCCACCCGACUCGCCGAGAUUCUGCAAAAGUGGGACACUGAUCCGCAGACCUCCUCGCUGCCCCGUCCCAAGUGUCUCUACACCACGCCUACGGGAGCCAACCCGGCGGGCACCACUGCUUCCGACGACCGCAAGCGUCAAAUCCUCUCGCUCGCGAGAGAGUACGACUUCCUCGUGCUCGAAGACGACCCGUACUACUACCUCCACUUUGAGGGGCUCGACCAGGACGCUGUGACGCGUCCACGAUGCCGCAGCUACUGGUCGCUCGAGGAGGAGCACCGCGAACGAUGGGGAACCGGCCGCGUGAUUCGCUUCGAGAGCUUCUCCAAGAUCCUCGCUGCCGGCUUGCGACUCGGGUUCGCUACGGGUCCGAACGAGAUUCUCGACGCGGUGGAUGCCAACACGGCCAUGUCGAACCUGCAGCCCUCGGGUGUCGCCGGCGCGGUGGCAUAUACGCUGCUCCACCACUGGGGCAUCCCGGGUUUCCUCCGUCACGUCGAUAAUGUUGCGCGCUACUACGCUAAGCGUCGGGACAACUUUGAGGCCAAAGCACAGAAGGUGCUGGCCCAGGCGGGUGUUGCGCAGUGGGUGACACCGGUAGCAGGCAUGUUCUUGUGGCUCAAGCUCAACCUUCCUGCCAACGAGGGCGAGUCGGAGGGAGACAGCUUCGCGUUGAUCUCCGAAAAGGCCAAGGCCAAGGGCGUGCUCGCCGUGCCCGGUGUCGCCUUCAUCCCCGAUGGCAGCAAGACGUGCUACGUCCGCACCAGCUUCAGUAUUAUUCAGGAGGAGGAUGUCGAGGAGGCAUUCAACAGGUUGAGGGAUACCGUGCUUGAGGCGUGGAGCGAGGCCGACAAGGUCAUGCCCAAGGCGGCCUAG